UACUGCACUUUGCCAAUCCUCUUGGUUCAGUCUGUCCAUCAAGACAUAUUUCAAUGGUGAAUGAUCCUGACUGGAAUGCACUGCAGCAAAUUGGUCUCAAAGAUCCAAGUGGCAAGAAAUGGUCAUUACUGUAUCAAACACAAAAUAUUAACAAGGAUUUAUAUGAUGAUGUUGUUUCUGUUAAACUAGCACGAGACCACAAAAAGAUGCAGAUGUUUACUGGUGCAUAUUACAUACCUGCAAGUUUUGAAAAUGGUGGCACAUAUCAUAUUUCUGUAAAACCUGCGAACGGACAUGGAAUUGCUGUAACAGAAAUAUUAUUCUGGGAUGGGCAGGAUACCAGUAUUGCAACCUUUCAAUAUGAAGAACCAGUUGACUGGGCAUCAUCAGUUUGUCAGUGUUGUUUACUGAAACCAAUACCUUUGGACUGUGAUUAUUGUAAUUGCUCGAGAUAUCUGUCAGAUAAAUAUGGAAACAGUACAAUACCUACAGUACCUAGUACUACAACAGGAACAACAAUCCUGACAACAACACAGCCAUAUGAUAUCGUCAAUAAUCCUGAUAACAGUGAUGUUUCAGAACCCGUAGAUACCAGUAAACCAAUAGCACAACGAGCAUGUGGCAUUCAAGUGUUUUCGGAUCAAAAUCCCAAGAUAGUGACUUGGUGUAGAUCUUUUAAUGACAUCUAUCCUGUAAUGAAGACAGCUGUGGAUUAUAACAUCACAGGAGAAUUUGUAAACUUCAAAAUCAUAUUUAAACCCGAGAUGGACGAUGCAGUUGAUAUAUCUUUGUGUCUUAUUGUAUCUGUAAAUAAUGAGGAAUUAACAGAAUUAUGUGGAAUACCUAUUCUAAGUAAAUCAACAAAAUUAGUGCUUCACGUUUUCAACCGUGAUAAUUUUGUGCCAGAUAUUACAGAUAAAUUCAACAUAUUUUCCACCAAAGCAUAUUUCAAAAAUCUUAUCCUGCCACCACCAACCGGUGCACUUUGUCGCUAUGGUGAUCCAUUCAGAGGCGGGACUAAUCCGAUAAUAAAAUAUGAAGUUGGUAUUGGAAGUGACAAACUUUUAACCGAUAUUGUGCCAUUUAGAGAAGUGAUAGUACCCUGUAUACCUUGCUUUGGAGAAUGUUCUAAAUAUAACUGUGAGAGGAAGUGUAGUGUAAAUCAGCAAGUGGAUUUCAGGUUUACUUUGACAGACUUAAAUUUAAAACCUCAGGUUGUUGAUCUGAAUGAAACUGGACACUACUAUAAUAAGACAAUAAUCUAUUAUCUUACAGGAAAAGCUGUUACAGGGGCUGGGGAUACUGCACUGUCAUCAUCGUCAGGAUUUUAUAUUGACCUUACAAGACCUGUGUUUGACCUUGAUGUAAUGUUGACCAGUCCAAUAUAUAUUGAUGCAACACAAGGAGAGUUUCAGCCAAUUAGAUACCAAGCAUCCAACAAUACUAUUAAAGCUUUCUGGAGAUGUACAGAUGAAGAAAGUCAAAUAAAGGUAAUGAAGUGCUUGCUUUAA